AUGGUUACGGUGGAACAAGAAAGGACUUUCCUGUGGAGAGCGUUAUCAGCUGCAGUCAGAUGCAAAGGCCAAAUCGUUUUAAAUGUCGCCUCAAGUGGCAUAGCUUCUUUGUUGUUACCAGGUGGCCGGACUGCACACUCGAGAUUUGCAAUACUUGCAAUAAAUGAGGACUCUACCUGUAACAUUAAGCAAGGUAGCGACUUGGCUGAAUUGCUGAUCAAGACGAGCUUGAUCAUUUGGGAUGAAGCUCCCAUGAUGAACAAACAUUGCUUUGAAGCUUUAGACAGAACCAUGCGGGAUUUGUUGCGUUUUGUAGACCCUAAUAGUGAAAUGAAGACGUUUGGUGGUAAAACAGUUGUUUUGGGUGGAGAUUUCCGCCAAAUUCUUCCAGUAGUUCCCAAAGGUACACGGCAAGACAUUGUUUCUUCAGCAAUCAAUUCAUCAUACCUAUGGGAUAGUUGCAAAGUGUUAAGGUUGACUAAAAACCUCAGGCUCAGCUCGGUACCAAAUGGUGGAAACCGACUGGCAUUACAAGAGUUUGCUGACUGGAUUGCCAAUAUCAGCGAUGGAAAGCUUGGUGGGCCGAAUAAUGGGUUCGCAGAUGUUGAAAUAACAAUGCACAUGUUAGUAUCAUCCAGGGGGGACGACAUUAAAGCAAUUGUGCACAGUACAUUUCCUAUGUUUGCAAGUGGAAACACUGACCCCGAGCAUCUGUUAGGUCGUGCAAUAUUAGCACCAACGCUCGACGUCGUCAACGUUGUUAAUGACUAUAUGACUGACUUGCAUAGUGCCGAAAGUAGGUCAUACUACAGUUCAGACGCAGUAUGCAAAGCCGAUGGCGAUAACGGUAUAUUUGGAGAUGUACACACACCGGAAUUUCUAAACAGCAUUCGGGUUUCAGGUCUACCAAAUCAUACACUGACUUUGAAAAUCAGAUCACCAGUAAUGUUAAUGAGAAAUAUUGACCAUUCUCUUGGUUUUUGCAAUGGAACUCGGUUGAUAAUCACAAAGCUAGCAGAUCAUGUGAUUGAAGGCGAGAUUCUGACUGGUCCCAACAAAGGUACAAAAGUGUUAAUCCCCCGAAUGUCAAUGGCACCCUCGGAUCCAAGAUUUCCGUUCAAGUUUCAACGAAGGCAAUUCCCAUUGAUGCUUUCAUAUGCGAUGACCAUAAACAAAAGUCAAGGCCAAACGUUGACUCAUGUAGGUUUAAUACUAAAGAAACUGAUUUUUGUACACGGUCAGUUGUACGUAGCUGCAUCUCGGGUUAAUAAUCCAGACGGUCUCAAAAUAUUGAUAGCAAAAGACUCAAGUUCAACUACAACCUCAACCACUAAUGUUGUAUAUCAUGUAGUUUUCAAUCAUUUGUAG